UAGAUCUGGAUCAUCUCAACUUCGCCAUACGGAUCGCUGGACAUCCGGACGUUUACUUAUUUAGUUAUUACUAUUUCCAGCACUGCAUCUUGGCCUCACAGCCUCUUUCUGUCCCUGUUGUUCACCUCCUUCCAGUAAUACCCAACCAACGGAGCAUACUGCGCCAAUUUGUAUUGUACUGUACUACACAGCCAUGUCGUCGCUCCUGAAGCAACGGAUAUCCUCACCGCUUGAGGCUGGACCCUCCAUCUUAGAUUCGCAGAGCCUACCACCACAUCUUACACAAGCCCUCGAGUAUGCUUCCAGGAGACUAUCACGCAAGGCGCUGCACAUCACACUGGUCGUUGUGAGAAAAGAUUAUCAGCUCCCGUCAUCAACGCUGCCAUGUGCAACCCCUACAUCUUCGGUCUCAGUUCCAGCGUCCCCCGAGUUCAGCUGGUCUUCCGGUCCAUUAUCCCCGUCACGAUUGGUAGCGCCGGUGGCCGGACUGAGACAACUCGUCCGCCGCGGAACAGGUGGCUCUACCGCUUCGACUUCGACCACAGCCUCUGGAAUUUCAUCGAGAAGUGCGGCAACAUCUCCAACUUUCCAACCUCAUUCCACCGAGCCCCAAAGCCACACCCUACUUGGCAGCCUGCGAAGGUUGCCAUCGACGCCUGCCACACCGUGCACACCAGCAACACCCUAUUCAGCCGUCACGUCGACGUCUACAUCAUCAGCCUCCUCGACAUCGUCCACGGCCUCAGCCGGCGGCCCAAACCCCUUCGGCAUCCGUCUCCUACACACAACCUCGCUCUCGCCCAAGGAAGAAUACAUCCUACGCCGCACCAUCUCCAAGGCUGAGCGCAAAUUCCACACCGGAACCGGCUUCCUGCCCCCCACCUCCUCCGCAUCAUCGUGCGGACUGGACACCGAUCUUAUCCGGCGCUCCAUUCGCCAAAAUGAAGUCCUCUUCUCCUCCGAGGGCCUCACCCUGCUCGGUCUAGACAGACUGUACACAUUUAAGUCGGCGCUGGCGGCGUAUGCGCGAACCACUCUUCGUGGCCAUGAAGACGCUCGAGAGCGCGAGUCCAGAAUCGAGGACGCCGUCGACGAGCUGCGCCGGCUCGUCCUCAGCCGAGGCGGCCGCAGACUCGAGAGACGGGAGCUGUAUGGUAGCUACGUGUGGAUUGGUGUCAGCGCUGGUGCCCUGGGCGACGUGGAGCGAAUGUACCGACGUGCAUACGGAGGCGCCAUGGGCGUCGGUGCCUUUGGAGAGGCGGCGGCGGCAGCGAGAAAUACAGCAGCAAAAGCAGCAGUAGCAGCAGUCACUGCAACCAUCACUACGGCAUCGAAAGCAAACACGGAAAAGGAAGAAGACAACCAGGAAUGGCCCCUCAAGAUGAGUGUCGUGGCCACCAAGAUGAGCAAGCCCGUGCCCAAGAUCGGGCAGCCACCAUCACCGAAGCCAAAGGCGCACACACCCAUUCUGAAGCUGCAGACCAAAUUCGAGGCACCAGAGCCCGCCGUGGCCGACGUGAAGAAGCCGAGUGCAAUCAGACCCAUCCCCGUGAAACCCGUGGCCACCGCUUCGUCCUCGUCGUCGACCCAAGACGAGCUCAUCAUCAACAUCGACGUCUUCUCGGACGAGGAAGAAGAAGAGAACGACGGCGACGUCACGGCGAAGCCCAAUACCGCCGGGGCAGCCAAGCACGGCAUGUCCUUCUGGAACGGCAUCGACGAGAUGCUGGCCCGGCGGGACCACCACGGCCUGCCCUCCGAAAUGGCGGUCUCGCCUGUGAUCCAGAGGCUGCGGACCAGCCAGCAGCAGCGAAUGGGCCCCGCCACGCCGAACGGGUAUGAUGACAUAUCGCCCGUCACCCGGGGCGAGUGGGGUUUCCUGUUCAAGGGAGAUGGCUGGAACGGAGGACGAACGGCAGCCGUCGAGACGUGCUAAGCAAUGAUGCGGAGGUUUAAAAAAAAAUUUCAAGUGUAUAUAUAUAGAACCAAUUGCGGCCUGCAAGAGCGAUCUUGUUC